AUCAUCUUUCUACCUCUUCAAAUCUGUGGUAUUUUCAGUCAUUUUGAUGUAUAACACAAGAAUGUAUUGUUAAACAAUGAUUCAAAUGAUAAUACUCUUUCUUACAUUGUAUUCACUGGUUUAAACAUGUUUCAUUGGUCUUAUAAAGUACAAAUCACCUUUACUGGCAUGAUAAUGGUUCAGUCAUGAUUUGUUUGGUCCAUGUCAAGAUAGUGAUAUUCCUGCACUGACUGAUGAUUCCUACCUCAACCCAACAUUACAAUCCUAAUCCAACUCUGACAUAUGAAUUUUUCUUCCAAAGAUACUGUAUAAACAAAGUCCCAAACAGGCACAGAAAGGUCAGAGGUUAGUAUUUUGUUACCCUCUGUAUCAGUACACCAUGGCUGGAGUUAUUAAAUGGUCAGCUGCAUCACAGCUAACCACCCACCACACUAAAUGUUCACAAUUUACAGAACAGAACAUCAUUCUUGGCUUUGUCCCAGUAUCCUCAUCAAGAUGCUUGCAAUGACUGCUAGCAUUCCCAGCCACAAAUUGUGAUUUCACCACAAACAACAAUAAAUAUAAGUGUUUCCACAGUGAAGUUUUAAUUAGUUUGAAAGCCACUGGGUUUUAGAACAGAAUGAGCUUCAGUGUGAAAUAUCACAGGACUCGCUGGCCAAAUCAGUAAAAUACAACACCACUUCAACACUUAAUGUUGGACUUCAAUCAAUAAUAUUAAUGAACAUUGCAGUAAUCAACAUUAUUUCCUGAAAGUGUACAACGUGACUCAUAUUACCUGAGAACAGGCGAUCGAAGAAUAUUUUGUCACAACUAGAGAAAUAUUUCAACCAAUUUCCCAUUUGGCACUUUCCAAGGGUAAUGAACUGGUGAGUAUAAAAUCAUUUGCACAGGAUGGAUGAAAAUUAUUUAAAGCUGUCAGUAAAUACAGACGUGGUGUGCAAAACCUGGGUUUACAGCUCUUUAUAUACAGUCUAUGGUUUAUACGACCACAACGCCGUCCCCUCAGAAUAAGGUAAAGAUGAGGCCUAAUAUGAAUAUAAAUAUGAAUAUGUACUGUAUAUUAAAAGGUUAUAAAUGUACAUGGUAUAUUAAGGUUUUCUGUACACAAACAGUCAAGUUCAUCCUUUUCAUCUCCCCUUCGCCAAAGUGUCGAAAUAGCGCCAUCUGCCCCGUGACUCAAUAAAUGUGGCCAAAAAAUGGUAUUGUGGCUUUUGCUACUUCGGCUGUUGCCAUGGUAACGAGUACCACGCUGGAGAUGGGGAAGCAUUAAAACAAUUUGUUGGACAAUUAAUCUAAAAACACUCGUCUAAAGAGAAGAGAACAGGACUCUUAAACUACAAGUAGCUUACAAGUUAAACAGGUAUUUCUCUGUUCAGAGCCUAUUUGUGUUCCCACAGAAAAAAUAAAUAUUGAAAUUUAGAAAGGCAAAAAGGUUCUGAAACGCAGUGGACACAAUUACGCCUACAUGGGCGCAUACUAAAUGGUAGCAUAAAUAUAAAAAGAAAAAGUUAUAAACCUUUAAUGUUAUAAAAUAUCUUACAAAUGGGAUUUGGGAAGAAUAUGAAAUACUUUGUUUUUGACCAUGUUUUUUUUCUGUAAAAUCUCUAAAAAAUGUUUUUUUUUAAAUUUUAAAAUGCUAAAAUGCGCUCAAGUAAACAACCAAACAAACAAACAAACAAACAAACAGUAUUUUUAAGACUUCUCUUAACAGCAGUAAUGGGGCCAAUCAGAGAUCAGAUCAUAGAGUGUUGUAUUAUUAAUGCAACGUUUGCCUGAAGAGAGGGGGGAAAAGCUACAGUGAAAAACUUUUGAAUUCUUCCUUUCCACAAGUGGUUCAGUCUAACCUGAUAGAUUUUACACCGUAAAACCUAUAUAAAUAAAUAUCAUACAGUACAUAACGUAGGUACCUGAGUGUGACUGUCCAACCCAGAUAAUCUGCCUAAAUCUGGAUGUUGAUUACCUCCCUCCAACAGGCAUGUGUGUUAUCUGGAGUACAGCAGUAGGCCCUUUUGGCUCCUGUUCCAACUUCAGUCAGCCUGCCUCAGCCCUGCGCAGUCAACCGUCAGCAGCGCCACUGGGUGCAGGGAUAUCCCGAUGAAAGGGGAGACUGUUCGGGGUAAGUGUGACAUCUCUACCGGUGAACUCCGCUCCGUAUUCGUUAUCGCGUUUAUCUGCAGUCUCUCCGUGCGCUAUUGUCAGGCGUGAAGCUGCAAGCGGAACAGUUUUGCUUUUGCUUGUUUGGUGACAGAGACUGGCCAAAGGCCCGGUGACCCACAUUCUUAUCUAAUGCUGCAUGUUAGCUAGCUAGCUCCGGCUAAAAGUGGGUUGACAUACAUACGGUACGUUGUUGCAGACGAGUUGAACGCUCGCUACACUGUAAAGUCGCAAGCCAGCGGAAAUAUAACGGCUGUCUAAUUUUCCACGGAUAAAGGUGCUUUGACAGUGUGUGCCCCAUGUCGCAGUGAAGAAUUCAGACGAGUUGACUACAGAGCUAUCUGUCAUGAGGUGAAGCAGCUACCUAAUCAAUCAUCACUCAAAGACAAAAGACUCCAAUGUCGCUGCCAUGUGCCACACUCACGUCCGAAGCAGACGAAAAACUCAGCUCCUUAAAGAACUUUUUGCAAAUUUUUACCCUUUGAUCGAGGACACUCUCAGUGACUCUCCUCUAGGACUCCAAGAGCUCCACCACCACAGUGCAUCCACUCAGACCCCGCCUUCAUCCAGCAGCACCUUCCUCAUCCUCUCACAGGACUGGCUGUAAGGUUCAUUCACAAAUGUCUACCUCACGAUUAAAAGAGCCCUCUCCAACACUGCGACCCUGAACAGGAUACAAAAUGACCUCAAGCAUUGACCGGGAUGACAGCAGUAUCUUUGAUGGGUUAAUGGAAGAAGAUGAAAAGGACAAAGCAAAACGUGUGUCCCGUAACAAGUCUGAGAAGAAGCGCAGAGACCAGUUCAAUGUCCUCAUCAAGGAGCUGGGUACCAUGUUGCCGGGCAACACCCGGAAAAUGGACAAGUCCACUAUUUUGCAGAAGAGCAUCGACUUUCUGCACAAACACAAGGAAAUUGCUGCUCAGUCUGAGUCAACUGAGAUCAGACAAGACUGGAAGCCUCCUUUUCUUAGUAAUGAAGAGUUCACUCAGCUGAUGUUGGAGGCAUUAGAUGGAUUUUUCCUUGCAAUCAUGACUGAUGGGAAUAUAAUCUAUGUCUCUGAGAGUGUGACGUCCCUACUAGAACACUUACCUUCUGAUCUUGUUGAUCAGAACCUGCUGAACUUCCUGCCCAUGGGGGAGCAUUCAGAUGUGUACAAAGCUCUGUCCUCUCAUAUCAUGGAGGGAGAGACACUGACACCUGAAUAUCUGAAAACAAAAAAUCAGCUUGAGUUCUGUUGCCACAUGCUCCGAGGGACUAUCGACCCAAAAGAGCCCCCUGUGUACGAAUAUGUCAAGUUCAUUGGAAACUUCAAGUCCCUGAAUAAUGUGCCUAACUGUAGCCGAAAUGGUUUCGAAGGAGUGAUCCAGCGAUCGCUUCACUCCGCUUUUGAAGACAGAGUGUGUCUCAUAGCAACUGUGAGGCUAGCCAAACCACAGUUUAUCAAGGAGAUGUGCACUGUUGAAGAGCCUAAUGAGGAAUUCACAUCCAGACAUAGUUUAGAGUGGAAAUUUCUCUUCUUGGACCACAGAGCUCCACCCAUCAUAGGUUACCUCCCAUUUGAGGUACUGGGUACAUCAGGAUAUGACUACUACCAUGUAGAUGACCUGGAGACACUUGCCAAAUGCCAUGAACACUUAAUGCAAUACGGCAAAGGAAAGUCCUGCUACUACAGAUUCCUCACAAAAGGGCAGCAGUGGAUUUGGCUUCAGACCCACUACUACAUCACCUACCAUCAGUGGAACUCCAGACCAGAGUUUAUUGUCUGCACACAUACUGUUGUCAGUUAUGCUGAAGUAAGAGCAGAACAGCGCAGAGAACUUGGAAUUGAAGAAUCACCACCUGAGAUCACAGUGGACAAGCAGUCCCAGGAUUCAGGCUCCGAGUCCCAGCUCAACACUUCCAGUCUGAAGGAGGUUUUAGAGCGCUUUGACCAAAGCCGGACGCCCUCUGUCUCAUCUCGCAGCUCGCGCAAAUCAUCACACACCGCUGUGUCUGACCCAGCCUCAUCACAGAUGAAGCUUCAGGGAGACCGGAGUACACCGGGUCGCCAGUCUGUCUCUGCUGUGGAGAUGACAUCACAACGUAGAUCAUCUAUCAGCAGUCAGCAGUCAAUGAGCUCCCAAAAUACAGGACAGAACAUGACUCCAUCCAUGGUUUCCCAACAACAGCAACAGCAGCAGCAGCAGCCUCAGCCUCAACAACAAGUUCAGAACAGUGGACAAUCAAUGGUGCAGUUCUCCAGCCAGUUAGAAGCCAUGCAGCACCUGAAAGAGCAGCUGGAGCAGAGGACCAGGAUGAUCGAGGCCAACAUCCAGCGGCAGCAGGACGAGCUGCGGCAGAUCCAGGACGAGCUGCAGAGGGUUCAGGGACAGAGCCUGCAGAUGUUCUUGCAGAAAGGGGCUGGAGGUCUAAAUCUAAGCUCAGUUCAGAUGGCUCAGGGGAACGCUGUGCAGCAGGGGGGGACGCUCAGCAUGCAGGGCCAGGUGGUCUCUGCAGGGCCUCUACAGAACAGCAUUCAGCAACAACAUGCUGGCCAGCCCCAGUCCCAGCAACAAACACUCAUGCGGGAACAGAGCACAGCACUCUCACAGUCUCAGCGGUCGUCUCUCACUCUGCAACCUCAACAAAACUCACUGCCUGUGUCUCUCUACAACACAAUGAUGAUCCCUCAGCAAAGCCCUGCUAACGUGGUCCAGAUUGCCACUAGCUUGGGACAGAAUACUGGACCCAACACUCCUGCAGUGGCAACAUUUGCGCAGGACCGCGCUGCACAGAUUAGGUUUCCUGCUGGUCCUCAGCUGCUCACCAAGCUAGUGACAGGACAGAUGGCAUGUGGGGCAGUCAUGGUUCCUACAACCAUGUUUAUGGGCCAAGUGGUGACGGCAUUUGCUCCUCAGCAGGGCCAGACCCAGACCAUCAGCAUUUCCCAGCAGCAGCAGCAACAGCAGCAGCAGCAGCAGCAGCAACAGCAGCAGCAGGACCAGCAGGUGCAGCAGCAGUCACAGGUCACAGCCAUGCAACCAGGGCAGGCUCCACUGGCCCAGCAGCAAACACAGUUCCUACAGGCUCCUCGGCUUCUUCAUGGAAACCAGUCCACCCAGUUGAUCCUACAGGCAGCGUUCCCUUUGCAGCAGCAGGGUACCUUCACUGCCACAAACCAACAACAGCAGCAACAGUUACAACAGCAACAACAGUUACAACAGCAACAGCAGUUACAACAACAACAUCAACAGCAGCAGCAGAAGCAGUUACAACAGCAGAAACAGCAACUUCAGCAACAGCAACUGGCUCCUCACAGAGCAGAUAGUUUGUCUGACCGCUCCGCUCCGCAGCCACAGUAGCUGACUACAGCCAGUCGGAGGUGGAGUGAGUCAGACCCAGGUGUGGGUGUUUUUGUGACGGGGGUCCAAAGAGGAGUUCUGCCGAAGUGCAGUACUGAGACCAGGCCUCAAAGGCAUCAUGAAGUGAAUGGGUGGGAAUGCUGUAGCUUCCCUUCCCUCACAAUAAUCUUUUGCUGUUUGCACUGAACUCAUGAGCACAAAGUGCUGCAGAGACCCCAGGACUGGGCUCUGGCUGUUGGCUUUGGCUCUGAGUCGAAGCCUUUUCUCCAAGAAAACAGGGAGCCACCAUCCCUGUUAUGGACGUCUCCCUCAUACCCCUCCCACAGCCCUCUCCGUGUGUGUUUAGUGUGCCUGUGUGUGUGUGCGUGCUCUAGUCACCCUCACAGGAUUAUUUUAUGCAGAACUCUCCAGUUAAUGCAGUGAAGCUUCUAUCAGAGCUUCAAGGACGUCCUGCAGUACAGCCAGAUGCUUGUUUGUUUUGGAUGUUUUCUCCUAUUCUUGUUUUUCAUGUAAAAAUAAUUAUGGGUCAGAAAAUAUUUUUAAGAAUGUGGUGUAGAUUGAACUUUUACUGUACAGAACAUCAUGUGUAAUAUAUAAUGUAAAUAUAUUGAAAAAGAAAGAACUAAUAUUUUAUAUGAUGCAUGAAAUGAAAUGCGUAGUCUGUUAUUUGCAGCUUUGAAUAUGCUUUUUUUCUAGUACUCAAAGAAAAAAAGAUGUUAAAAUGCUCAGUGGCUGAUAUUUUCACAGACUUCCUUUCUCCUAGGGGAUGUGUUUGUUUGCGUGUCUGCAUAGCAGACAAUGUUGAUGCUGCUUGUUGUGUCACAGUUUGUUUAAUCCUUGACCCACAUUUUCACAGAAUUUCAUAAAACUGUCAAAUAAUAGACAUGUUUUAAAGUAUUUUUAAGCUUUUUAAGAUGUGCUUAAAAUCUGCACACUAAAGACUCUAAAUUCAGCUCGAGUCAGAUAUUGUCAACGAAAUAAAUACUACCAAGGUUAAGCUAAACAUGUAUGCAACAGUAAGAUUUGCCAGCAUAAUCCUUCAUAUCCUUAUCUCUUAACUUUUAGCACUUCUGCAUAGAUCCCUCGGUUUCACAGCUAUCCAUUAAGCCUGUAUGGCGACUGAAGGCACUUUAUUUCAUCUAUAAACAUUUAGCCCUUAAAAUGUAUGAAAAUUUUACAAGACCUAAAAUCACAAGUAAAAAGUCCUGUUUACCUGUCGCUAAUAUUCUCAGACUGAGCUUGAAUGAAAUGAUUUGUGCCAGCGUAGGGGUAAUCAAAUGAUUUCCUCCUCAGCAUGCUGAUCAUCCAUCCAGUCUUUAGCUAUUCAUCUGUGUCAGCAGGGUACACAGAGCAGCCCAAGCGCCAUCCUCCUGUCACCACUGUGCCAGCUCUGAGUUAGCCCCACAUCACCUAACUAAGUCUUGGAGAAGCAGUGGCUCGACUCAGAGGUCCGCUCAUAUCUCUGAGCUCUUUGCACUGUCAGGAAGAGAGAGGCCAGUCACCCCACAGAGAUCUCAUUUAGUCUCCUUGCAUCUGCAAAUUCGUUCUUGUAGUUACUCAGUGCUUAGUGAGAAGUGGUUAGAAUGAAGUUUGUUUCAUGGGCACUUUGCUUUCUGACUCUAAAGCAGUCGCACUAUUUGAGCUCAUUCAUCUAAAGCUUACUGCAGUUUUCUACAUGUUCUCUCACCCUCACUUAAGCCUGAAACAACCUCCUGGGGGCAAAGGAAACCAACACUGACAUAUUAUGAACCUUUAAGUUAGAAUAGCGAACUUGUUAGCAAGCAGUUGCCUGUUUCGUGUCCAGCAGACACAGAGCAGCAUUAGCAUUUAUUUGGAGUCAUGUCUCUGGCCACCUGAUGGAUAUAAAUCCACUAUUCAGUCUCUUUUAGCUCUGUUUUUGAUCUCCACCAACUCCUGAGGGAAAUAUCUAUGUCUAGCCGCUUAUAAAAUAAUAAUGAAAUAGGAUUCCUAUAGGAUACCAUGGUGGUACCAUGGUAUAUUCCUAUAAGGCCAAAUCAAACAAAGACACAAGAAGUCAGGUUUUGAUUAUGUGCUACAGAGACGCUGCUUCAGAGUUCAGCAGUCGGAGCAGAAUCCAUCCUAAAUUGGAGGUACUGUAUAUGCUCCCAUGAGCUGUCAUUACACCUGCCUUAUUUUGUACCAUUUGAAAAUGGGGAUCACCCUCCCGCCCGCCGAAUCAAACUCCUCACUCUUAAACUCAUGAUAACAUUGAGGAGAUCACGGUGUCACUGCAGACAGAGACCUCCACCAAGACCCCGCCCCACCCCACCCCACCCCCUACGCAGUCUGGUUUAGCAGCCUCCUCACCAUCUGAUCUCAUUCACCACCAGAUGGUAUCAAGCUGACAGGCUCAACACAUGGUCACAGGUCUGGUCAAAUACGUGCCGAGGCAAUUUUUGGCCCGAGGUAUCUGUCUGGUGACACCAUGGGUGCUCAGAGGAUGCAUCUUCUAAUGUUUGAAUAUUGUGUUCUGACACUGCUUUUUCCACCAUGUCACAUUGAAUUCUGUCUCUUUUCUUAUAGAGAUCUUAACAGAGUGGGUUGUAUUCAAUUGCAAAUCAAUCUCAUUUCACACCCUCACUUUUAGGCACUGAAUGAGUAAAACAUUAUUCAUCCACUGUGCAAACUGAGAGCGAUGCACCAUAGAAGUCAUGUUUGGUUUAAGUCUAGCCUUGAGUAGCAGUGGAAACGGCUAAUAAUAUCCCUCAUUUGUGGCUUAUUGCUUUGGAAUACUGUAUUGGACCCGGGAGCUGGCACACACAGAUAGCCUUUCCAACAGGUUAAAGUGGCUCAGUUUGGGUUUGUCAGGGAAGAAAUGAUCUGUCAGGAGAGAAAUUAACUAUUGCAUGUAACAGCUGCUGUUUUGACAGUGAUAUGUCCUGAAGCCCAGCUCAGUUUUAGUGCUUGAACAUGUAGAAAACUGGCUUUGAUAAGAUCUUCUACCAUUCAUUACUAGUUAUCACAGUCUGUCUCAAAUGUUUAGUAAGUGGGAUGAUCACUUUUUUGGGAGAUUGCUCCCAAAGUGUGUUAUUUAAAUUCACAAAUUCUCAUUUGGCUUGGAUCAUAUUUAUAUAAUUGGUCUUUCUUUAAGUGGCUGUCAUGUUGUCUGUGUUGGCUAAGGUUCCCUCUGGAGCUGUUGUCAACCUACAUUACAGAUGACCACAUGCUACAACCAGUGUCAAUGUUAUGUCACCGUUUGAGUAUGAACACUAUUCAUUUGUAUUUCAAAUGGCAUUUAAGACAUCUAAGGGACUGUAUGACAAUUAUUGGAGUGGGGGCUGAACCUUAUGUUUGACUUAAAAAGAAAAAAGAAAAAGCUAAGCCUUUCCCAGGUGCUAAACAUGCAUUAUAUGUAUAUGCUAAAUUCAACUUUGCCACAAGUCACAGCUGAGAGUUGGUUAGUGAAAACAUAUUCUUUAGAGAGAUAAUGUUCAGUCCCUACUAACUAAUAAUAACCCACAUCUACUAUGACUGUUUUGUAAUUAUUCAUUCUUUCUUUCCUUCUUUCUUUCAUACAGUCCCUAAUACCUUUCUAAUUUCUAGCUUUUUCCACUGUGUCUUCUCUGUGCUACGUAAAGAUCUAGUUAUAGUUUGCUGCAACACAUAUCAGUAUUUAAAUAAGACACCCUGCUAAACACAGACCAUGUUUCACAGACCUUUAGGGUGGACCUUGUCCUAUGCUGCACACAAGCAGCACAAGUGUGAUAUAAUACGAAUGUAAUGAAAUGUCAUGAAAUGUCAUUAACAUGAGUGUUUUACAUGAAGAGAUGUAUGGCUGUGGGAGACUUUGCAUAAUGUAUAAUAGGACAGAGAGUGAAUAAGAGAGUGAAAUUAUUUUUCUGUUGCUGGAAUAAACCUCAUGGAGCGAACAUACAUGACGUCAAACACAGUAGCACUGAUUUUAAAUGUGCAAAAGUAAAGUUCCAGAUUAAAGUUUUUAACAACACACGAAGGAUCUAAACUAACUGUGACAUAUACACAAAGACUGUUGAACCUUUUUUCCCCCAGAAAGAGCUGGUUACUUGUGAGUUUAUGGUUAUGCAAAGACUUUGGUGUCAGAUUCAAGGGUUAUUUUCUCUUUUCACAAGCUUUGAAUCAGUGUUCAUUACUGCCAGUCAAGUUGUUUUCCUUCAUGCUGGAAAUGGUUGAAACUGACACUUCAAAAGUCGAUGUAAUGUUCAGUGUCAUUAAAAAUACAAAACACUUUUUGGCUUUUAAAGUUAUUAGUUGAUCAUUUCCAAGUCACAAAAACAUGGGGGGGAAAUGUUGUGUCAUCCAAAGAGAGGGAAACCCCAGAAUGAAAGGACACAGUGCAUUAUGUUAAAUGUUGUGUAGUUCUGAUGUACACACUAGAAACUCUGAAUGUCUAUCAGUGUUUUCUCUCCACUUUCACUUCAUAUUUGUGUGCCGUUUUUGUUUGGCUCAGGAAAUUUACUGCUGCAGUCCACCUGACAUCAUUAAAGGGUUAAUCCGCGCUAAAUCCCAUAGAUUUUUGUCACACCCCCGUCAGUGAUGUCAGAGCAGGUGUUGUCAGUUGAUGGUGAACACCUGCUGUAAUCUUUGAUUCAGGUGUGACAAGAGGUUUGAGAAGCCCAGAUAACAGAGCUGGGUAUUGUUUGAACCACUUUCAAAAAAGAGGUUUUUAAAUUGUAACUAAUGACUGUAUCAGCUGUAAUCCAUAAGUAAGAACAACUACUGGGUUAUCAGGCUGUGAACAGUCCCUGUGACUAGUGAUCUGAAUUGAAUGAUUAUUAUUACUAAAUUAUCAAAAUUGUUGCCAGUUUAUUAUCUGUUGAACUAAUCAAUCUGAAAUCAGAUUAAUUGACAGAUUACAAUUUAACGUCUUUAUGAGGGAUUCCUUUUGCUAACACUUCCUCUUCUUUAACAUUUCUAAGCAGUAUAUAAACAUUUCAUACAUAAUUUAUACUGUAACACAUUAUUAUGUAGGUAUAAGAAGGCGUGUGUUUAUUAAUGUAUAUUUGCUAGUGAAUACUGCACAUAAAUAAACACAAUUAUCCUACUUAUGUCCAACUACAUGUUUUAGAAACCAUGUAUACUGAUUUUAAUGUAAACCUACUUUUAUAUUUUACACAAUUUUAACUUUCUGCUCUACAUUCUUUUUUAUUUAUUUAUUUUUUUACUGCAGAUUUCCCCCUGCCAUAUAAAGAUGCUCAGUUUAUUUUCCUCUGCUACAGGUUGCUUACUUCACACUCACUGCUGCCACCUGCUGUUCAGUUUCAUUUUUAGACUCCAGGGUUUUCUUUGAAGCUCUCUAAUCAAAAACAUGUAAAUCAAACAUGACUUCAUUGGGAAUAAUGUGAAAUUGACUCACUGGUGUGUUUUUAAUAAACCACCUCAGCUGCACUGCAAUUGAUUACGCAGCUUCAUGUUUGCAAAAUGUGUGCUGUCUUGCAUUUAUUUCUUGAGCCAAACUGUUCAGAAAUUAAAACAUAACCUUUUAAGGCAAAUGUAUCAAUCGUUUGCUCCCCUUCAAUCUGAAAAUAAAUCUGUAUGAAAUGUC